AUUAGAAAUGAAAAAUAUUAUCAGAGAAUAAAACAGUUAUUUCAGUAAAGAGUUGAAGCACUAAAAUGGCAUCAACUAAGGAAGAUGUAAAGCUUUUGGGAAUGGUGGAAAGUCCAUUUGUAGGUAGGGUUGAUAUUGCUCUAAAUUUGAAGGGAAUUCAAUACAAAUAUGAAGUAGAAAACUUGAAAGACAAGAGUGAGCUUCUCCUCAAAUAUAACCCAGUUUAUAAGAAAGUUCCAGUAUUAGUUCAUAAUGAAAAAGCCAUAUCAGAAUCACUUGUGAUUCUUGAAUACAUCGAUGAGACAUGGAAGCAAAAUCCAAUCUUGUCUUCUGAUCCUUACAAAAGAGCACAGGCUCGUUUCUGGUCAAAGUUCAUAGAUGACAAGUUUAUUAAUGCUGCAAGGAAAGCUCUUUACACUCAUGAUGAGAAAGAACGUGAGAAAGGUGUUGAGGAAAUAGAAGAGGCACUUCAUCUUUUUGAGAAUGAGCUCAAGGACAAAUUCUUUGGUGGAGAAGAGAUUGGAAUUGUUGACAUUACUGCUGUCAUCAUAGCUUACUGGCUUCCUAUUAUACAAGAAGCAUUUGGAGUGAAGUUGUUUACUAGUGACAAAUUUCCCAGGCUUUACAAUUGGAGCCAAGACUUCAACAAUCAUCCAGUUGUUAAGGAACAUUUGCCUCCUAGAGACACCCUUAUGACCUAUUACAAAGGUCAUUAUGAAAGGCACAUUGCUUCUAAGUAGAUCAAAUUUAAGGAGAAAUGUCUAAGCUGUUUGUUUGUCAUUUUAGUUUCUGUUUGAAUUUUGGUUGUAAAUUGUAAUCAAUAAUUAUGUUGAUUUGGAAUCAUAAUAUGGGUUGAUGUCACAACCUUGCAAA